AAUUCCGGUGCAUCUAUACAUCAAAAACGUUAUUCAAGAAGGAAAAAACCUGGUGUUUGCUCGCUAUGCCGGCCACCUUUACCAGUGUGAUUAUUUUUAUGUGGCGCCUUAAAUAGAGAUAUUAUACGGUAAAACACAUGGAAUAGAAGUUUUUAAGUUGUCUGUGAACAGCUAGUGAUCCAGCUCUCACAUAAAGCAAUGUCCUUAACAAAUGGAAGUAUAAACUGUUCUUACUACUACGACGAUGACAUGAACCAUGCAAUUGUGGCAGCCAUCAGAGCAGCAAUGGGCAUCUUCUCUGGUCUCUGUUGCCUGGUUGUGAUCACAGUAAUUGUGGGCUUCAAGAAAUACGUCUUCUUUAGUCAAAGACUCAUUCUCUAUCUAGCCAUUGCUGCCCUCUUUCAUUCGGUGUCGUAUUCAUUCGCUCGGAUCAACUACUACACACCCCGAUAUCUGUAUGACAACUACUGUUACUUCGGAGGGUUUAUCAAUCUUUAUUCAAGUUGGGUGGAAUUCAUGGCGUUGUGUUGUUUGACGUUCAACGUUUUCAUCAACUCUGUACUAGAUCGUUGGCCUUCCUCUCGGCUUCAAUACAUCUACCUUUUUGUGAUGUACACACUUCCGUUGCUAUGGUGUUGGUUACCGUUCUUACAACACACAUACGCUACUACUGAAGGAUGGUGUGAUUUGAGAGUGGUAGAUGAAAAUUGCAAAAGUUUUCCGUAUGGCUAUAUCCUACGGUUUUCCGUUUGGUACAUACCUGUGUACACCAUUUUGUUCAUCUGUUUUAUCGCUACAAUAAUUGCAGCUCUAACGAUUCACAGACGUUCAAGGAUGUGGUACGGCAUCUACAACCCCGAUCAGCAACAGAGCGAACGGAGACUAAAAAACGAAGUGAAACCUCUCAUUUGGUACCCAAUAGUCUACCUACUCCUAACCAUCUUUUCGCUAGCAAACACUAUUGAUAUUGCCAUCAAUCCUGAGCAAAACAAUAUUGUGUUAUGGUACUUACACGUAUUUACUUCACCUCUCAGAGGUUCUUUCAUUGCUAUCGUGUACGCAUUAGACCCGGAGACACGGAAACGCAUCAGUCCGAGACGUAUUUACUCGCAUUGCUGUUUGUGCAGAAAAGAGAAAGAAGUGCAAGAGUACAAUGUGUUUGUGUCCAGCUCUGGAGAUAGCUUAAGAAGAGUGUCGGUUGAGGAGAAUGAUUAUGGAUCCAUUAACCAUUCACCUUAAUUGAACUCUUUUCAACUUGCAUUUUAUAAAUUAUUAUACUCUCACUUCAACUUUAUCCUUUGUUUCAAAUAUUAAACGCUUGUUUUUUACUUUUUCAGCUUUAAUUUCUUGGAGGUGUAUAAUUAUAGUUAUACCUUUGUACGUGUUUCAAUAAUCACCUACUGUACGUGCUGUAUAUAUAUAUAUGUUUUGCAAGUGAAAAUUAAUUAUCAAUGAACCCGUUUAAA